AUGUAUCAGUAUAUUUCAUUUUGUUUUGCAGAUAAAGUUUUUAAAUCCUUAGAUAUUGAUGAGAUAGCAAACACACUGGUUUCAGGCGGAACAAAAGAAGAGUUCAGAAAAAUAUAUCAAGAAAAAAUUGAGAGUUGGAAAGUAAAAGACGUGAAAUUUUGUAUUACUGGAGGCUCGCGCACAGGAAAGUCGUCCUUUAUAAAUGCAAUCACAGGAUGUCAAAAAGGUCAAAAAGGAUUUGCCACAGUAUCUGUAUAUGGAGACACAACAAACAAGGCUGCCUGUUAUACCCAUCCUAAACAUUCUAAAUUCCAACUGUGGGAUCUUCCUAGGUUUGGAACCGUACAACAUAAGAGUGAGGGAUAUGUAAAUGACAUGGAAUUUACAAAGUUCGACUACGUUUUAAUUUUCUUCGAUGUUAUAUCUGAAAAUGAUAUCUGGCUGGCCAAGCAAUUAAAAAGACUUAUGAAAUCAUUUUGCUUUGUCCGAUCUAAACUUGACCAAGAUAUAACAAAUGAAAUGCAACACGAUUGCAAUACUAUUGCUUGUAACAUUCGCACAAAGGCGCUCGGAGAUUUGGAAAAAGAACAGAUUUCAGGAGUGGAUGUGUUUGUUAUUUCAAGUGCAGAUACAACAAUUGGUAAUUUUGAAUCGCUUAUAAAUCAUAUGGAAAAUAACCUUGAUGAGGGAAAGUACGCGGCUGUUAUUUACUCCUUAGCGUCAAUUUCAAAGCCUGUCAUAGGGGAAAAGUUCAAAGUUUUACAUAAAAGAAUCAGUAUGAUUGCUGUAGUAUCGAUGCUUUUUAAAGAUGACAGAGAAAUCACAACACAUAGUAGAUCAGACAUUAUCUUGACAAAUCUGAAAAACGAAAUCAUGUUUUAUAUUAACACAUUUGAACUGACGCCUCCUGUUGUCCAGAAGUUGAUGGAACACUCUACAUUUCAAAUGAGAGACAUUUUAUGCCGAAGCGGUGAAGAGAUAAAAAAAAUUGUAAAAAACAGUUUAGAGUCGAAAAACGAGAAAAUAUUUUCCUUUCCUCAAAUGCCAUCCUUGUUUCGUGAAUCAGAAAUACUACUUAAUACUAUUCUCGUUGGUCUACAAAAUGACGCACUGUAUGUCUUUGGACAACUUCCGACAUUUAAGGGAAAGGUUGUGGAACAAGAAAAUAUUUCAAUUUCAAAUGUUUAA